UACAAUUAAGUCGUGGCGGUGUUAAGUAACAACAACCGGAAGAUAAACUCAAACUACGGCAAUCAAAGACAAACAAAAAAUAACAUGUUAAAAUAUUCAAAUAAGACAACGGUUAUAGAAACAAAUUUUAAGAAGAAAUAAUCAAAGAAAACGUAACAAUUGUUUUGUGUUAAACGGCAAUUAAUACUCACUACAUUUAAAAGAAGAAAACAACAAAUAAAUCAAACUCGAAUAUAUACAACACAAAUACUCCCAAUAAUACUUUCCUGUAAUAAAUUUGGAAAGAAGAAAAGCAGCAGCAACAACAACAGUAUUACCUAGUUUUUUUUUAAGAUAAGGGAAACAUUAAGAAGUGGUUUUCCCAUCAUUGAACUCUACCUAAGUAACCAAAAUUAUUUGUGUGUAUGUGUGUCAAAAAUUGUAUUGCACACACGACUUGUAACCUUUGGCUAAGCGCAGGCGCAUCUAAACAAGUCCAAUACAUAUUGAAGUAACCUAGCCAAAGAGAGCGGGAACACAAAAGAAGUGUGGGUGUCCAAAAACAAGGAACGUAGAAAAUAAAAGACAACCCAAAAAACAACCUUCAGCAGCUAGAAGAAGAAGAAGAAGCAAAUUAUUUGUGUUUUGUAAUCACACAACAAAGGACUAUUAAAGGAUCCAAAACUUAACCUCAAAACAUAUCCAAAAUUAGUGUAUUUGUAUUUUAUACAAACCAAAAAAAAAAAAAAACGCAAAACGCGAACAAGUAAUCUCAGUAAUUUAUUAAAACCCAAACGUUCAAAUCUCCCCUUUAAUACUCAAAUAUAUUGGCAAAAAUAUGUCAUCAACCUCAUCAGAAGCAAAUCUAAAACACAACGGUGCUGCCUCUUUGGCCACCGAAGAAAGUUCACAUCUCCUGGAGAAGGCAGCCAACGGUGAAAAAUAUGGCUCACAGAAACCGGAUCAGGAUUCGCUACUCGACACCAUGGUUCAUACAAGUGAGUCCACCUCAAAAACCCUACCCCAGUAUGUGGCCGCCUUGUCGGCAGCUGGUGGUGCAUUUGCUGCCGGUACACUGCUGGGUUGGACCUCUCCGGCCCAGACCCCAUUGCUAGAUGGCGAAUAUGGUUUCCCCGUCAGUGAGUCGGCCUUCUCUUGGAUCGGCUCGGCCAUGACAUUGGGCGCCGCUUUCAUUUGUAUACCCAUUGGUUUCCUCAUCAAUUUGAUUGGUCGUAAACUGACCAUGUUGCUGCUCGUCUUGCCCUUCACCUUGGGUUGGUGUCUCUUGAUCUGGGCCCAAAAUGUUGAAAUGAUGUAUGCAGCUCGUUUCUUGUUGGGUAUCUCGGGUGGUGCUUUCUGUGUCACCGCACCCAUGUACACGGGUGAAAUUGCGCAGAAGGAAAUUCGGGGCACCCUGGGUAGUUUCUUUCAAUUGAUGAUAACGGCUGGUAUUCUGUUCGUUUAUGCCAUUGGAGCUGGUCUCGAUGUGUUCUGGAUGAGCGUUGUGUGCGGUCUGCUGCCAUUGGUAUUUGGAGCUAUAUUUGUCUUUAUGCCAGAAUCUCCUACAUAUUUGGUUUCUAAAAAUAAGAACGAAAGUGCUAUUAAGUCCAUUCAAUGGUUGCGUGGCAAGGAAUACGACUACAAUAUGGAAAUUGAAGAACUGAAAGACACCGAAAAGAAGAUCAAAGAAAAUCCCGUCUCCAUUGGCAGUGCCCUGACACGUCGUGUUACCAUCAAGGCUUUGUGCAUCAGUUUGGGUCUUAUGUUCUUCCAGCAAUUGUGCGGUAUCAAUGCCGUCAUUUUCUAUUCAACCGAUAUUUUCAAGGAUGCUGAUACCGGUAUUGAUGCCAAUCUCUCAACAAUUGUCGUUGGUAUUAUGCAAGUCAUUGCCACCUUUGUCUCGGUCAUGGUUGUGGAUAAAUUGGGUCGCCGUCUCUUGCUUUUGGCCUCUGCCUCUGUGAUGGCUUUGUCCACCAUUGCCAUGGGUGUCUAUUUCUAUAUGAAGGAAAAUGGCGAUUCCGUUGAAAGUCUUGGCUGGUUACCCGUGUGCAGUUUGUGUGUUUUCAUUAUUAUGUUCUCGAUUGGUUUCGGUCCAGUACCAUGGUUGAUGAUGGGUGAACUGUUUGCCUCGGAUAUCAAGGGUGUUGCUGGCUCCAUUGCUGGUACAUCGAAUUGGGUUUUGGCAUUCAUUGUUACCAAGACUUUUGUCAAUCUCAAGGAGGCUUUGGGUAGUGGUCCCACUUUCUGGUUAUUUGCUGGUAUUACCGUUGUGGGAGCUAUCUUCGUGUUUGUGUUUGUGCCCGAAACGAAGGGUAAGAGUCUGAAUGAAAUUCAACAAGAAUUGGAAGGCAAGAAACCAAAUCAAACCAAUGGCAAUGCUAUUUAAAGAGAUGCAGCAAGUAAGGAGGAGCGAAAGAGAGAGAGAGCGAAGCAGUCAUCAUUGUGGGAGUGUAAAAAGAGCAGCAUGGCAAAGUAAUUGAAAUUUGAAUUUUGGGGAUUUGAAAAGACAUGCUUAGUUUUAGAUAAAGAAAAAAAAACGUUGUACAGUUGUUUGAGAAAAUAUUGAGCUACUUUUGAGGUUAUGUUACCUUUAAGGGUUGCCAACUAAUUUUUUCAAACAACUAUUUUUGUAUUUGGUUACACACAUGUGUUAAAGUAUGUUUAUAUAUGUAUGCCUAUAAAUCUAUAGUUUGUAAAGUUCUAUGUUAAGUCCAAGAAUUUAUUAACAAAAAACAAACAACAACAACCAUACAUAUUCUCCUCACGACCCCACCCCAGAGAAAUUUUAGGUUAUAUUUUUAAAUAACUAAGAAAAAAAAACAACAAAAAAAGUAUUUUGCUUUUGAAAAAAAGAAGAAAAGAAAACAUGCAACAACAACACAAAAUGCUCUCUCAUUCUUAAAGAAUGUGCAUGUCGUCUAGCUGUCUACCCUGUAUUUGUGUGUGUGUAAUCUUAAUGUAUACCAAUAGAUGGCGUCCUUUUUAUGCAAUAUUAUAGUAUGUUUAAAAGUCAAGACCUACCGCCCGCCCGCCUGCUCACAGUAGAUAAAUUAAAUGAAAACAACAACAAAUACAUGUUCUGCAGCAACAAUAGUUCUAUUCUUGAUUGUAAUAUUGUGUAUUGUUUUUUUAUAAAUAUAAAGGAGAAAUAUUUAUUAAGUUAAAAAAAAUGAAUGUUAUUCUAAAACAAAAGUUAUUAACAAAAUGUUCGCCUAAUCCUUUUUUUUAAUUUUUUUUUUUGUUGUGUUUUGUAAGAUCGAGGUCCAAAAUGGUUCAGAUAUAUCCAUCAUACAAUAUAUGUAUACAUGUUGGGCAAAGACUGGCAAGACUGGAAAAUCUGCUGAUUCAUAAAGGUGAGAGUACAUAAAAGGCGUUUUUGACGUCGUCGGCUGGCUUUUUCGAGGAGGAACAAAGGAGUUUUAGGUUGACAUAGUUCGAUUUUGGCCUACGCUCGUUUGUUCUUUUCCCAAGAAGCCAGCCGAUGAAGUGUUUUAUGUUUUCUCACCUUAAGCUCGAGACAAAAACAGACAAAGCCCUGAAACCCUUAAUGGACCCCAUGUUUUUUUUCUGUAAAGAUAAUAUGUGUGCGCUUUCAAUUUUCAAAAUUUCUUGUAUAAAUCGAGAUAAUCAAAAUGUUUUUCGUAUAAUUUGUUUCAUGUCAAAAUGUAUAACCUCAAACAAAAAAGACUGAAUUAUUUUUUCGAAGUCCGUUCGAAAAAUCCAAGUAUGUUUGAAGAUAAUGCAAAAAUAUAAAUAAUGAAUAUCUUUUUUUAAAGCAGAUUUAAAUUCCCUUAGGGCCCUAAGGAGAUAGGGGACCCUAAAAAAUAACAACACUAAAGGGUUAAGUUAGAGAGCCUAGCCACAGAGAGCCUUUUUAAGGCGGCUAAAUGGGAGAAAAAUAUUUUUUAAUUAAAAUUUCAAAUGGUAUUUUUUGGAAUCUUAAAUAAAAAAUAUUUGUGUAAAUUUUCAAAUGUUUUUUUUUUCAAAAAUUUUUUGAAAUUAAAUUUUCAAAAAUUGUUUAAAAUUUUUUUUUGAAAUAAAUUUUAAAUUUUUUAAAUAAAUUUUUAAAUUUUUUUUAAAUAAAAUUUCAACAUUUUUUUUAAAAAUAAUUUUUCAACAUUUUUUUGAAAAUAAAUUUCCAACAUUUUUUUGAAAAUAUAUUUUCUACAUUUUUUUAAAUAAAUUUUGAAAAAUUUUUUGAAAAUAAAUUUUCAUUUUUUUUUUUUUUGAAAAUAAAUUUUCAAUUUUUUUUUGAAAAUAAAUUUUCAAAACUUUUUUGAAAAUAAAUUAAAAUUUUUUUUAAAUAAAUUUUCAAAAAAAUUUUUUAAAAUAAAUAUUCAUAAAAUUUGUUGGAAAUUUUUUAUUUUUGUAAAUAUUUCCAAGUUUUUUUUAAUAAAAAUAUGUGGAAAUGUUUAUGAAACAUAAAAAUUUGAAAGAAUAUAUUACUCACAACUUUAGCUUAACCCUUUAAGGCACACAUAUAACAAAUGUUCCCCUCUCUUAAUUUAUUUUUAUUUUAGAAAAAAAUUGCCUCAAUAUUAUUAUUUUUGUUUUAUAAUCUACAGACUUUUUAGUUCAUUUUUCUCUAAAAAUUUUAAAGCACAACAACAAAAACAUUGUCCACAACAAAGCAAUAUUAAAACAUAUAUGUAUGUAAUUAAUUAUUAUUUUUUUUUUUUAAUUCUGCAUCAACACACAAUUGAGAAAAAGAAUGCAUAAAAAGCAAGCAUUUAAACGAAUUUCUUUCGCUUUACUUUAUUAAUUUACAAGAAAUAAAAAACAUAAAUAAUUUUCUUUUUUCAUUUCAAUUAUUAUUUGUUUUAACUUAAGUACAACAUACAAAAAACCACAACAACAACAACUCUUGCAUUUUGUUUACACGCAAAACAUGUGUCUGUUUUUAAAUUGUUUUUUUUUACAUAUAUACAUAUAUAUUUAUUAUUAUUAAUUAAUUAUUAUUUUUUAUUAUAAUUAUUAUGUUUAAACAAAAAAACAAAA